GUCCACCGAAAGAAAGAACAAGAUUUAACUAUAGAAAAUCGUAUGUUCAUGAUUGCACUGUGUCACGUUUGUGGUUCGUUUGUAACGAAUACAGUGUUAAUUUUGUAAAAUUCUAUAAAUUCUAUGUUACUAAUGCAGCAACAUUUUUCUUUCUGAUAACAAUGGAAAAUUUAACGAAAAAUCGUCUUGAUUUGGAUACAUCAAACAAUUCGAAAGAAAUGGACCAAUUUGAUUGGAUUAAAGUUUUCGACGAAGAAUUCAAAACUGAAUCGUUUCUAGACAAAUUAAUACGCAAAACAAGUCAAAACCCUGCAGUACCUAUAGGUACUAUAGCAACUACAGCUGCUCUCUCUUAUGGUCUUUGGAACUUCCAUAAAGGAAAUAAAAUAAUGUCUCAAUACAUGAUGCGUGCACGAGUGGGGGCACAGGCUUUUACCAUUUUGUCCGUAGCUAUUGGAUGUAUUUACCUAUCGAAUAAACCAAAUAAGUAGUAUAUUUAUCUAUAGUAGUUUGUUAGAUGGUGAAUUUAUUUCAUUGUUUAAUUUAUCAAGUCGUUUCAACAAAACAUUCUAUAUCCGUACAACUUUGGUUCGGAAAAGAAAUAAAUUUUAUUUUUAAGUGUAAGCGAAAAGGUUCAUAUAAUAUUUUAUAAAAAAUAAUGCUGCGUGAAACUGAUGUAAUAAAAUUUAUAUGUUGUCCAUGGAAUAAAUAGAUUUCGUGCGA